GUGACACCACCGCGAGGUAGAGAAGAAGAAGAUCACGAUCGGCUGUGGCGCCUGAGGUUGUCCUCAUCUCCGAAAGAUUUAAAAGAAAGUUAGGGGGAAGAGCGCCGGCGAGACACCCGAUGUUCGUGGAGAAGUUACAACUAUGGUCGAAGCACAUCUUCCUCAGCGCUCCUCUCGUUCUGCUGCCCGUCGUGGUCGCUUUUGGCAACAAGCCGGCUCAGUGCGCCUACGUCAUGGCCUGGAUGGCGUUCUACUGGAUAACAGAGCUGCUUCCGCUUCCGGUGACGUCACUGAUGCCUGUGGUUCUGUUUCCGCUCCUGGACAUUCUCCCUGUCGAAGAGACAACUUACUUCUAUUUCAACGACUUGUGCACCGUGAUAUUCGGCUCUCUUCUGGUCAUGCUCGGCGUGAAGGAAACGGGCUUGGCCAAGCGCAUCGCUCUGCGCAUACUCUACUUCGUUGGAACGCGCAGCUCCAGGCUCCUGUUCGUGUUCAUGGUGGCGUGCGCCUCGCUAUCCAUGUGGUUGCCCAACACGGCCGUCACGGCCCUGGUGGCUCCCGUGGCGAUGGCGAUCAUCGACCAGAUGAGGGUCACCACUAAGCUCAGGAGGAGGUCGAUCACUCACUACUCGGGUUCCGUACAGUCGGUCGUCUACAGGAAGGCUUUGGACGCCAUUCGUGUCAGUCUGUCCGGGUUGCCGGACGAGGUGAUUGUUCAGCUGCAGAAGGAAAUGCUCUUGUCCACGGCAUACUCAGCGAGCAUCGGAGGAUUCGGCACGCUCACGGGCACCUUCCCCAACCUCAUCCUCAAGGAACUGUACGAGCAAAGAUUUCCCGACGCUCCGCCCAUUACGGAAUCAUCCUGGAUGGUUGCCAACAUGCCCGCCAUGGUCAUCUGCCUCAUGCUUGCCUGGUGCUGCAGUAACCGGCGCCUAAAAAGCAUCAGUCGUGAUCAACAGGCAGAGUUGCAAGUGGCUGAAGAUAAAGCCCAUCGAGAAAUCGAGCGCCGCUCCAAAGAGCUGAGGGCGAUCACGACACAGGAAAUCGUGGUGCAGGUUGUGCUAUUCUACCUCUCUAUCGCAUGGCUCUAUCUGGCAAGUGGACACUUCUCUAGGGACCCGUCGUCUUCGCACACCGGCAGCACAAUCGGUAUGGGCGUGCCCACCCUGGCGGCUGGUAUGGUCAUGUUCGCGAUCCCCCGGCAUCAGCAGCCCCGCCCCAGCCACGCCCACAGUCCGUGGAAGCCCGUGCUCACGUGGCAAGACUCGUGCCCCGGGUGUCACUGGGGGCUCCUGUUUCUCGUCAGCGGGGGGCUCACCUUCGCCAGGGCCUCGCAGGAGUCCGGUCUGUCGAGAGAACUAGUUCGGUGGAUGGAUGCUCUGCAAGACCUAAACUCUACCUUGGUGCUGGCCAUACUCUGUCUUGUGUCGGCGUUGCUCACAGAAUUUUUCAGCAAUUCUGCCGUCUCGUCCGUCAUGCUCCCGGUCGUCUUUGAUACGGCGGUCAAGCUUCGGGUGCACCCGCUGUACCUCGGCAUGCCGGUGGCGGUGACUUGCUCGUUGUCGUUCAUGCUGCCCGCCGCAACACCGUCCAACGCGAUCGUCUUCCAGAUGGCCGAAAUACCAGGAGGCGCAAUGAUCGGACAUGGACUCUUCCUCGCCGCGUUGUGCGUCUCCGUGGUGAUCAUCUCGACCAGCACGUGGGUACGAUUCGUGCUCGACCUCGGCGAGUUCCCGACCUGGGCCACGGACAACGCGACUUACUUCUACAAAGGCAGCACCGAGCUCGAAAUGGGCCCUAUGCGCGACUGGCAAAUGUGACACCUACGACGACGCCGUGGUUUUCUCGAGGACGCGCCAUCUUUCAGCUGCCUCUUUGAUGAUUUACUUUUUCUUUCGGUGUACACUUGUGCCGCUCACGUAUUUUAAUCGCACCACUACCUUUACUCUUCUUGUCUCGCCGUAAUAGUAGCGCGUUAUAGCUUGACCCAGCUGCUGGUAUUGUGAAGUACGGACAGACCUACCCUCUGGACAGGCUGUCACGUGGAGCGAUGUGCCAGCGUUGAUAUCGUUACGUGGACAUGCAACGGGUAGGAAAACUAUAAACCGGACAGCACAACGGGUCAACGCGCCUUGCUUCGUUUAAGUUGCUGCAACAACGACGAGUUAAGAGAUAGCAGUGUAUAUAUUUUGUUGCGCGGAAGGGCGUUGACCUGUGCCCCGGAGAACAAAUGCCGUAGACACAUUUAUUUCGUUCUACUCACCAUAUAAGCACACAUCAUUUCAUGUCUGCAAUUUCGAGCGAUUCGGUUGAGUCUUAAUCUAAUUUGAAAGCCGCAUAGGAGGUAGCCGUGUGCAACUGACGCAAGUAAGUUUUCCAGUGAUGUAUUAAUGACGUUGUGGGUAAUAUAUUAAUCAAGGCAAUCUGGCAGCGCAUAUACUUACGCUAUAGUAGAUCGUUCUUACUGUUCUCAUGACAUCCAAAGGUCAAACGCGUGUGAUGUUUCACAGACUUGUUUUUCCAUAAUUCACUGUCAUCGGGAACAAUUUCAAAAGGACGCUUUUUUUUUGGCUAAACUUUUCCCCUCCCUCCGGAUUUCUUUAUUGUGAUAUCAAUUGUCUAAAGCUAGCGCCUACUCCCCUUAAGUGGCUCGCCAAGACAUUGAUAUGACCAAUCGUGGAAUGUACAAACGUGGUUUGAUUCCCUCACACAACGACUAAAUCAGCAAAAACUGGAAGGAGUGCAAAGGAAAGCCAUAAGGUUUGUGCAUAAUGAGUACAGGCUCAUUGACCCACCCACUAUUCUUCCAGCUGCAUCAUGUGUGGAAACGCUAGCGGAGGGAGCGGCUACCGGAAAGAAGCGCGCCUAAAGUUUUUGUUCCAGCUUGUUCAAAAAAACUUUGAAAAAUCCGCGGCUAAUUACACAGGACGGAAAAAACUUUAAUGGAAAAAGGACCUGCGAUUUUCCAAACUCGACUUCACGUCAAAACCAUCGAAAUAUGCUAACUGAAUAUUCCUAUCAAUAAAACUUCUAAACAUUCUUUUUCUUUCACUAGCUGUGCGAGAAUGCAAUCAACUGUCCCAUCUGUCACAAGCACCAAAUCACUCCCUAAAUUCACUAGUACAGUUGAAGGUUCUAAAGCACCAUAAAUUUGUCCUAACCACAAAUUACGCCACACUUCUCCCAGAAUCAUUGUUCGUUGCGCCCUCGGGGAACGGUUCUUAUUGCUAUUUUUUUUAUUUUUGACCAUUUGAUUAUUCCUUUUAUUAUUUUAAUUUUGGUGUAGUUCUUUCCCCCAUUUCUUCCGUUUCAAAAUGAGUUAUGCAAUGUUGAAUGGCUGUUUCUAAUGUCUAAACGCAAUUCAAUCUCUGCCAAAUACAAACACAAUAGUGUUUGACAGAGAUGCAUGAAAAACGCAUUUACAUAUUUAUGCAACCACUCUUCUUUCUUUUCUUGUUUUUCUUACUGUAACCACUUCCUCUUCUCUUUCUAGAUUUUUUAUACUUGUAUAAAAUGUAUCCUUGCCUAUUUGCAGCAUUUCCCUAUGUUUGUAUUGACUUUCUGUAUUGCCCUCCUGCUAUGCUCCUGGUUGAGAGCAGCAGUGUUAAAAACGAAAUGAAUAAUAUGGACACUGAAAUCGAAUUUUUGCCGUUGCCGUCAGGUUUUGUAUAUAUAUUUAGGUAUAUGUAUGUA